AUGUUGAGUUACGACAUUGUAUUGAAUACAAUUGUAGACCCGGAUGCGGGCUUGUCUGAUGAAGAGAGGGCGGCGAAUGAACGGCGAUUACUACGGAAGCUGGACUUGACUCUCAUCCCAUGGCUCACGCUUCUGUAUCUCAUGUGCUUCCUCGAUCGCACAAACAUCGGCAACGCCAAGGUGGCCAACCUCACCAAGGACAUUCCCAUGACGACAUCUCAAUACAAUGCGUCCCUCACAAUCUUCUUCAUCUCCUAUGCCAUCUUUGAAGCUCUGGCCAAUUUCUUGCUCAAGAGAUCCCGCCCCUCCAUCUUCAUUCCCGUCAUCAUCAUUCUUUGGGGCGCAUGCAUGCUUGGAAUGGGCUUUAUCAAGAACUGGUCUGGCCUCAUGGCUGCACGAUGGUUCCUCGGUGCUGCCGAGGCCGGUCUGUUUCCCGGUGUCAACUACUACCUCUCGUGCUGGUACAAGCGUAACGAAUUCGGUGUCCGGGCGUCCAUCUUCUUCUCCGCCGCCGCCCUGGCCGGCUCCUUUGGAGGUCUCCUUGCGGCUGCCAUUGAGAAGCUGGACGGCAAGAGAGGCAUCGCUGGAUGGGCCUGGAUCUUCAUCAUCGAGGGUGCAUUGACCAUUCUCGUUGGCGUCAUCUCCUUCUUCAUGGUGCACGACUUCCCCGAUGAGGCCAAAUUCCUGUCCAAGGACGACCGCAUGCGUGUGCUGUACCGUCUCAAGCAGGACAAGCAGAGCUCCGCUGAGCACGAAUCCUUCAAGAUGGAAUACUUCUGGGCGGCCAUCAAGGACUGGAAGACGUACGUUGGCAUGCUCAUCUACAUGGGUCCUCUGAUGCCUCUGUACUCAUUCAGUCUGUUUUUGCCUUCCAUCAUCCAGAACAUGAAGUUCACCACCAAGACUGCAGUCAUCAGGAAUCAGCUGCUCAGUGUGCCGCCCUAUGCCGUGGCCGCCGUUGCUACCGUCGCAGCAGGACUCUGGUCCGACAAGAUCCAAAGAAGAGCCAUCUUCAACAUUACCAUCCCGCUCGUUGGCAUUGCGGGCUUCAUCAUGCUGAUGGCGUCGACCAACCCAGCCGUGCAGUAUGCUGGCACAUUCCUGGGAGCUGUGGGCAUCUACCCAUGCAUCCCCAUCACCAUUGCCUGGGUCGCCAACAACGUCGAGGGCGUCUACAAGCGCGGUAUCGUGCUGGGCUUUGUCAUUGGAUGGGGCAACAUUAAUGGUGUUGUGAGCAGCAAUAUCUAUUUCAACGCACCGCGCUACCUGGAGGGCCACGGCACCAUUAUUGGCUACCUGUUUAUUGGUGUGGUUGGCGGCAGCAUCUUGAUGGCCACGCUGCUCAGCCGAGAGAACAAGAGACGACUGAACGGAGAGCGAAACCACUGGACCGAGGGCAAAACGCAGAAGGAGAUUGAGGCUAUGGGCGACAUGCGCCCCGACUUUAUGUACACCAUCUGA